AUGAUGGUGAAGAUGAUGACUCAGGUUCUCCUCCUGAAAUGGAAGUGGAAAGAGAAGAUGACAGUAGUGAUGAUGAUGAUGAUGAUAUUGAAAGCAGUUUGCCACAGGAUCCAGAAACCUGUCUGCAGAUGAACCAUGUGUACCAGGAAGUUAUCCAGGAAAAGAUUGAGGAAGUUGAGCUUCUCCUUGCACAAAACAAAGAGCAGCAGAAGGAAAUCAUGUGUGAGCUUGGAGGUCCAAAAAUAGCAAAGGCAGGAGACGGCAGAAAUCUACCAGCAAAUAUAUUUUUGGGUCACUUUAUGAAGCCAUACUUUAAGGAUAAAACAACAGGAAUUGGUCCUCCUUCCAAUGAAGAUGCUAAGGAAAAGGCAGCUCAGGGCAUAAAAUCCUUUGAACAACUGAUUUCAACAAAAUGGAAGAGCAGGGAGAAGACAUUACUGCAGAAAUCAGUGGUCAGUGACCGCUUGCAGCGCCUGCUCCAGCCCAAGUUACUGAAGAUGAGUUACUGGAAUCAGAAACUGGAGAAAGUCAAGACUGAAAUGGAGAAACAGAUCUUGGAGAAGCAAAUCAAAGAAGUGGAGCGAGAAAUAGAGGCAAUUAACCAACUCCCAGAAAGUGACUUGUUAGGAAACAGAUUCGAUGAGCAUGACUGGGAGAAAAUUUCAAACAUCCACUUUGAUGGACAACGUAGUCCAGAAGAGCUGAAGAAGUUUUGGCAAAACUGGGAGCAUCCAAGUAUCAACAAAAAGGAAUGGACUGAGGAGGAAAUAGAGAGGCUAAAGAAGAUAGCAGCUAACCGUGGUUAUCUGGACUGGCAGGCUAUAGCCCAGGAGCUGGGGACAAACAGGACACCUUUCCAGUGCUUGCAGAAGUAUCAAGUCUAUAAUAAAGAUUUGAAAAGAAAAGAGUGGACCAAGAGUGAAGAUCAGAUGCUUUUGGAGCUUGUUCAAGAGAUGAGAGUAGGAAGUCACAUCCCAUACAAGAAAAUUGCUUAUUACAUGGAAGGAAGAGAUUCUGCUCAGCUGAUUUACCGCUGGACGAAGAGCGUGGACCCCAGUUUGAAGAAGGGACCCUGGACACCAGAGGAAGAUGCUAUGCUGUUGGCUGCAGUUAAGAAGUAUGGAGAGCGUGACUGGUACAAAAUUCGGACAGAAGUGCCGGGGAGGAGCGAUGCUCAGUGCAGAGACCGGUACUUAAAAGCAUUGCACUGUGAUGUAAAGAAGGGCAAGUGGAGUUUGAAGGAAGAGGAGCAGCUAAUUGAACUGGUUCAAAAGCAUGGCCUGGGUCACUGGAGUAAAAUAGCUUCCGAGUUGCCACAUCGGACUGGCUCCCAGUGCCUGAGCAAGUGGAAACUCAUGAUUGGGUCUAAGAAAAGAUCUAGGCCAGCAAAGCGCCGACACGUGCGAGACAGUUCCAGCUCUUCAGAGACCAGCAGUGAAGACAUAGAACUGGACUUGUCAGACAGUUCAGAGGAGGAGACGACGACAACCAAGGAGGAGCGUGCAUUUCCCGACAUUGAUUUGUGGGUACCAACACAGACAAAUACACUGGAGUCAAACAAAGGAAGAUACCAGACUCCAUCCCUUUUCUCUCCUGAGAGUGCAAAGACCAGUAGCAGUGAAGUUCCAAAUGCAAUGUGUGAUGGAGACAAGGACAGAGUUGCCAAUCGAUCAUCAGAGUUGAACACCCUCCUGAGGGGCAUUGCACGUCCACAUUCCACAGACAUCGUUGUGAGGGAUCCAGCAGAAGUAAUAAGCAAGGCCGCCAGGUGUGGAAAGCAAGUGCUGCGGGUUACCCUGGAGAACGUGAGGAGGAUAUUGAGAAAUAACACGUGCUUUCAGAGGAAACUUCAAUCCAAGAUACUUAAACCUUCUGCUGCUGUUCUGACAAAAGUAUCUGGAGUUAGUACUGAUGGCCAGAAGCUUCCAGGGCUGCAGAACAUCACAGAGAAAAUGUGUCGUCAGGAAAGAGAGCGCUUGAGAAGAAUGAACCUGGACAGAAAGCUGCUGAUGGCAGUGACACCCUGGGUGGGCAACGUGCUGCUGCCCUGCACCUUGCAGACUGGGAAGAUGGCUUUUCAUCAGACAAAAGCUGACUAUAUUCGAGAGAAGAUUAAAUCCAUCAAUCUCACGAGCACGCCCCUGUUCGCGCUUUUCAUUCAGCUCUUUCAGAUUGAUACCAACGGCUGUAUGAAGAUCAUUCGUGAGAGGAGGCUGAGGCAGUUAGCGCUGCUUAGGGCUGAUGCAAGGCCUCAGCAGGCUUCCCAAAAUACGGACACUUCUCCAGGCAGCUCAUCACAGUCUUGUGUUCAGAGGAACUCCCGAAGGGGCAUCCCGAGGAAUGCUGUGAGGAAACCUCUUACCUUAAAAGCAAGGGAGACUUCUGCUGCUGUCUUUGAGAGCAGCACCUCAGCCACGCAGGGAGCUCUUCCAGCCCAAGUGCAAAGGCAUAAGCCUAAAACUGUCUCGGAACUGCUGAGGGAGAAGCGGCUCAGAGAGUCCCGGGCUAAGAAGGCUGUGCAGAGGACAGUGCUUGUUGCCCCACAGAUGCUGGUUUCAGCACCUCUGAUAAUCCAGCACUCACCACAGCAGAUCAUUCCUUCUGCACAAGCGGGGAGCAAACCUGCAGCAGUUGGUUGUACCAACAACCAAGUACAGUGCUCAGCAGCUCCACUGCCAGCGUUUACUUCUGUUACAGGUUCAACUUGUACCGCUGUUGUGCUUGAGAACCAUUCCUCAUCAGUGCCGGGAACUGGGGAAAGCCCUGGUUGCUCACAAGGAACAGAACUACAGUCCAAUAAGGAACUAAAAGAGCAAGCUUUGGAAAGUAGCCUUGGAGGGGUUUUUCUAGGCAUGAAUCCAGCUGCAGCAGAGAAGGCCCCAAAUCAGGGAGUCUGCAAUGGUCAGGUCCUAGCUGGUAGCUCAGCUUCAGUAGUGUUGCAAAACCAAGCUUUUGUGCCACAUCAGAUCACAGUGCUGCCUGUUGGCAUUGAGUCUGGCACCAACAAAUUGCCUCUUUCCACACCAGUUACCUGUGAGCUGAAUAGUACUGUGCCACAACAGACGCCUGUGAAUCUCUUGCCAACUGUUGUAACCCCACAGACUGGUUCUCAUCUGAUUCCCAACAGCAUACUGCCUUUCACAUGGGUCAUAACGCCCCAGGCUUUGCUUCCCACUGCUGUACAGACUGUGGUGGGGCUUCCCCAAGGACUGCCAGCUGCUGCUCUGAGAAAUGCAUGUCAGGCAACCGUGGUUUCCAGUGGCAAUGUCUCUAGCUUAGGAGUGCCUCCUGUACCAGCUGGAGCAGAUACACCUCACCCCAGCAAUGCAGAGACAAAAGCACCAAGUGCCCAGGCAGCAGAAGGAGCAUCUUUGGGAAAGGAUGGUGACCAUUCCACAAUUAUCUUGCCUGUGACCUCAGUGAGUCCUGGAAGCACCACAGACAGUGUUUCUCCUGCAACGCCUGCAUGUUCAGAGGGCUUCUCCAAGGCUUCAGACUCCUCUGCAGCUCAGACUGCUCCUCCACCUGAUGCCCCAGCCCUGCAUACUGUGCUGCUGCCCCAGACACAGCAACCCACAGGCACUCAGGGAGCUGAUUCCCAGCGUGUGUCGAGUCUUGCUAGUUUGGGAAAGAGCCAUGAUGCCAUUACAACAAAUGGAUCAUCAUCCAAUGCAGGCAUCAUCACGAAAGGGAUUGUGCUCCAGGCAGGAGUUCCUCAUAACGAUGCCCCAAGGAACUCUGCUGCACAAGCAUUGAAAACCAGGCCUAUUGCCUCCAAGCCCCCGGCUGUGCAGUGUGCUGACAGUGCAGCCCAGCCAACCACUUCCAGGGCAGAAAAGACUGUCCUUGACUCAGGCCUGAUUUCCCUUGAAGACGGGAGGCUGGUGAAGGAAUGGCUGAGUGGGAAACAGGGUGUCCAGGUACCAUCACUGCAGACCAGGCUGCCUUAUUUGCCACCUUUUCUGUGCAACUUAAGAACCCUUGCGAAUCUACUCCUGCAGAAAACAGCUCUGGAAGAGCAAGCAGCAUCUCUUCUGCCUCCUGGCUCCAGUGGGGAUGAGGGCACUGGGGUUGACUUGCACGCUGUUGGAGAACUGGUGCAGCAGAAACUCGGUGAUAACCCUGCUUACCUCCUACUGAAAGCCAGAUUCCUGGCAGCCUUCACACUCCCAGCUGUACUAGCAAAUCUGCCUCCUCCAAAAGUGGCAACGACUCUGUCAGCCAGCAGGAAGCAAUAUGAAGAGAGUGACGAAGAGGAGUGGCAGAGUGAGAAGGAAGUGUCUGAGGAAGAGAGUUGUGGGAAUGAAUUAAAAGGAGUACAGUUGGAUUGGACAGUUGGUGAUGAGCCUGGAGACAAAGAUGCUGAUCUACUAAAUCAGGGCAGGGGAGCUGACAAGGAUGCUGCACAGUCUGCCUUGGACUCCUGCACUGAUGCAGCUGAUGCCAGUGCUCCUCGAAUCAGGAGAAGUACCCGCUUCAGGAAGAGGAGAAGGAUGUGA